GUGGGCCCACAUCCGGGUACUUCUGCUCUCGACCAUGCUCUCAGGCAAGAUCCAGUUGUGAAGCUUCCAUCAGUCGGAGUCUCUAUCAGCUCUCAUUCAUAUAUAUCUGUGAUAUAUUAGAAUAUAACCCGUUUCUCUCAGGAGAAGAAGAGACGAGAGGAGCUUCAGAACAAUUCCACCUCUUCAUCCGGAUCCUUAUCUGCUGUUAGCUGCUUCAUGCUAGGUGGCUAAUGCUAGUCGGUGAACAUCAACAAACUGACGAACAAAGAGUAGCAGAAACACCGGAGACCCAGACGGAGAAGGAGCACUGAGAGCAGCAUGGAGGGGAACAAAGAGACCCCCAGAACUCAGAGACCCAGACGGAGAAGGAGCACUGAGAGCAGCAUGGAGGGGAACAAAGAGACCCCCAGAACUCAGAAUCAGAGAGGACUCAGACUUCACAUCUGUGACCUGUGUGACAAAUCCUUCAAGACCUCUGGAGAAUCAAAGGUUCAUCAGAGAGUUCACACAGGAGAGAAACCAUACAGCUGUGACCAAUGUGGGAAAACCUUUGCUCAGAAAGGCAACCUUACAUCUCAUCAGCGCAUUCAUACUGGAGAGAAACCCUACCGUUGUGAACAGUGUGGCAACAACUUUACUGAGAAAGGUCACCUUCGAUCCCACCAGCGAAUUCACACAGGAGAGAAACCAUACAGCUGUGACCAGUGUGGGAAAACGUUCACUACUUCAAGUAAACUCACAAUCCAUUAUCGUAUUCACACAGGAGAGAAACCAUACUGGUGUGAAGAAUGUGGGAAAAUGUUCAUUACUUCAUGUAGACUCACAGUCCAUCAACGUGUUCACACUGGAGAGAAACCAUACAGCUGUAAAGAAUGUGAAAAAACGUACGUUACAUCAAGUGAACUCAAAGUCCAUCAUCGUGUUCACACAGGAGAGAAACCAUACUGGUGUGAACAGUGUGGGAAAACUUUUUCUUGUUCUCGUAACCUUAAAGUCCACCAACGCAUCCACACUGGAGAAAAACCAUACAGCUGUGAACAGUGUGACAAGUCAUUUACUAAAUCACACAAUCUUAAGAUCCAUCGUCGUAUUCACACUUGAGAGAAAUCAUACAGCUGUGAACAGUGUGGGAAAGCCUUUACUCAAAUCAGUUCCCUUAGACCCACCACUCUGCCUCCAUCUGAUCCUGUUCUGAGUCAAGCUAGCAUUCCUCCUGCUUUGGUCCAAAUGUAAAGCUGACCAACAGUGACUUUAUGUUCUAAUUAGGGCCGGGACUCGAUUAAAAAAAUUAAUCUAAUUAAUUAGAGGCUUUGUAAUUAAUUAAUCGAAAUUAAUCGCAUUUUUAAUCGCAUAUACAUAUUUGACCUAAGAACAGUGAGAAGCAAUUUUUUUUCACAUGGAUUUUAGUAUACCAUUAGGCGCAUUCACACCGCAGUACUUUUCCCACAAAGGUUCAUGAGAACUUAGUUCAUG